AUGGAUUCUCUUAUUAUGCAAUCCAUGGAAAAAAAUGUUCCCAUUAUGGAAUUGUCGUUCACCAUACCAUUUUUGUUCGGCCUAAUUUUUUGCAUCUGGUGGUGGUGGCGGCCGACGAGAUUGCCGUACCCACCGGGGCCUGUAGGGUUUCCGAUAAUCGGUAACAUGCUGAUGAUGGACCAACUAAACCACAUAGGGCUGGCCAAACUAGCUAAGCAAUAUGGCGGCAUUUUCCUCCUCCGCAUGGGGUCGUUACACGUGGCAACCGUUUCAACGCCCGACGUGGCUCGCCAAGUGCUUCAAGUCCAAGACAGCAUUUUCUCUAACCGUCCGGCCACCAUUGCCAUCCGCUACCUCACCUAUGACCGAGCCGACAUGGCCUUUGCUAACUAUGGACCCUUCUGGCGCCAGAUGCGUAAGCUCUGUGUCAUGAAGCUCUUCGGUAGGAAAAGAGCUCAAUCUUCGUGGGAGUCGUCCAGGGAUGAAGUCAACGCGACUGUCCGAACCCUUGCUAGCCGCGAGGGUUCGGCUGUGAACAUCAGGGAAGUGAUGUUCACGUUGAUGAAGAAUGUUGUGUAUAGGGCUGCUUUUGGGACGAGCUCGCAGGAAGGGCAGGAGGAGUUGAGUGGAAUAUUGAAAGAGUUUGGAAAGCUAUUUGGUGAGUUCAAUAUAGCGGAUUUCAUUCCUUGGCUGGAGUGGGUUGACUUUGACUCCCAAGGGCUUAACGCUAGACUCGUUAAGGCUCGAGAGUCAUUGGACAGGUUCAUCAACAAGGUCAUAGAUGACCACAUGCAAAAAAAAUUUGGGAAGAAAUGCAACGAGGAUGGUGAAGGUAAAACUGAUAUGGUGGAUGAAUUAUUAGCCUUUUACUGCAGCGAAGAAGCAGGAGCAGGUGAAUCAGAUCAUCAUGGUUAUGCAGAAAACGCCAUCAAAGUUACUAGAGAGAACAUCAAAGCCCUCAUCAUGGACAUUAUGUUUGGGGGAAUAGAGACCGUAGCAUCGGUUACAGAAUGGGCGAUGGCAGAGCUAAUGAGAAACCCAGAAGAGCUGAAACAGGUCCAGCAAGAGCUUGCUGAUGUGGUGGGGCUAAACCGCAGACUCGAAGAGAGCGACUUUGAGAAGCUGACUUACCUAAAAUGUGUCCUCAAAGAGACACUGCGUCUUCACCCACCUGUUCCUCUGCUCCGCCACGAGACGGAGGAGGACGCGGCGAUUUCAGGUUAUCACAUCCCGAAGAAGUCGCAUGUGAUGAUCAACGUGUGGGCCAUUGGGAGGGACAAGGACGCGUGGCACGAUCCGGACACCUUCAAGCCUUCAAGGUUUCUCAAUCAUGAUGCACAUGACUUAGGGAACUUUGAGUUUAUACCAUUCGGGUCGGGUCGGAGGUCGUGCCCGGGUAUGCAGUUGGGGAAGUAUGUGCUGGAGUUGGUGAUGGGGCACUUGCUUCAUUGCUUUACGUGGGAGUUGGCUGAUGGGAUGAAGCCAUGCGAGCUUGACAUGAACGAUGCUUUGGGGCUCACCUCUCCUACGGCAAGUGCUCUGGUCGCUGUACCAACUAAAAGGCUGGUGUGUUCACUCAGCUAA